AUGUCGUUCCAACACUCGUCCAACCUGGAGUCGCAACCGACCAACUUCCGCCGAAGCGAUGAUCCCCAGUAUGCCGAUGAUCCAGAGUUCCGCGACUUCGCCAGCAAGCUGUCCGACGACCUCUUCGCCCUGACCCGCAACGUCGCCCGCCUAUCUACCGAGGUGGCCAAGCUCGGGACAAAGCACGAGACACCCCGCGUGCGAGAGCGCGUGAAGACGACUGUUGAAGAGACAUCCGACACGUUCAAGGAGAUUGGCGAGGGCAUCAAGAACAUCACCACCUGGCCUGACGUUGGACCCUCCCAAAAGUUCACUCAGUCCAAGCUCCAGCGUGAAUUCCGCGCCUCCCUCCAGGAAUUCCAACAACUCCAAAAAGCCGCCCUGGAGAAGGAGAAGUCUUCCGCACAAGCUGCCCGCGCAGCGCUAGACGCACAGUCCCCGAGUGAAGAGCGGUCAGGCGGCGACUUUGGCACUCACCAACAGCAGGAGCAAGAACAGCUUCGCCUCGCCAACCAAGACGAGGUUGACUUCCAAGAAUCCCUCAUCAUCGAGCGCGAAUCCGAGAUCCGCAACAUCGAACAGAGCGUGGGAGAGUUGAACGAGCUGUUCAGAGAUGUCGCGCACAUGGUACAUGAGCAGGGCGCACAGUUGGACAUUAUUGAAGAGAAUGUCGAGGUUACGCAUGACGCCAGCCAGGGAGCGCAUGUGAACCUGAAGCAGGCGAGCAAUUACCAGAAGAGCGCCAGGAGCAAGGCGUGCAUCCUGUUGUUGAUCUUGGGCAUGGUGUUGGUCAUUAUUGUGCUGGCUGUCACGUUGGAUUGA